CUCUCUCUCUCUCUCUCUCUCGAUCGCACUGGUUUGCUCCUCCUUCCGAGAAAUUGCUUCAUGCCAGUAGUUUGAGGAAAGAACCUUUCGAGUAAAGGGACAAGAAAGGAAAAAUGGUGUUUGGGCAAGUUGUGAUUGGUCCCCCUGGAUCAGGGAAGACCACAUACUGCAAUGGCAUGUCUCAGUUCCUUAAACUCAUCGGAAGGAAAGUUGCUAUUAUAAAUCUGGAUCCUGCUAACGAUGCGUUACCCUAUAAAUGCGCCGUCAACAUUGAGGAUCUAAUAAAACUAAGUGAUGUGAUGACGGAGCAUUCCCUUGGUCCUAAUGGAGGCCUUGUGUAUUGUAUGGAUUAUCUAGAGAAAAAUGUAGAUUGGUUGGAAAAAAAACUGGAACCUCUAGUAAAAGAUCACUAUCUUCUCUUUGAUUUCCCUGGCCAAGUAGAGUUAUUUUUUCUUCACUCCAGUGCCAAGAGUGUCAUCAUGAAACUCAUAAAAAAGUUAAACCUUAGGUUGACUGCCGUGCAUUUAGUUGAUGCCCAUCUCUGCAGUGACGCUGGGAAAUACAUUAGUGCAUUGCUUCUCUCUUUAUCAACGAUGCUACAUAUGGAACUCCCACACAUUAAUGUUUUGUCGAAGAUCGACUUAAUAGAGAACUAUGGAAAGCUAGCGUUUAAUCUCGAUUUUUAUACUGACGUUCAAGAUCUAUCAUAUUUACAGAGCCUCCUUGAUCAGGAUCCACGCACUGCCAAGUACAGAAAGCUUACCAAGGAGCUCUGUGAUGUGAUAGAAGACUACAGCCUUGUCGAUUUUACAACCCUAGACAUUCAGGAUAAGGAAAGUGUAAGGAAUCUUGUUAAACUGAUUGACAAAACCAAUGGGUAUAUUUUUGCGGGCAUAGAAGCAAGUGCAGUUGAAUUCAGCAAGAUUGCAGUUGGUCCACUUGAUUGGGAUUAUUACAGAGUUGCAGCAGUGCAAGAGAAGUAUAUGAAGGAUGAUGAAAAUUUUGAUCACAACGACUAACGGGAAACUUUGCAGUCCCCUUUGUGGAUCUGAUCAGUUGAAAGUACAAGGUUUUUCUCAUGAUGGAGAAGAUCCAGAUAAUGUAUGAAGUGGGUAUAUGCGGUCUUUUUCCUCCAUGUCCUGCUCAUAAUUACUGCACAUUUAUAGAACUGUUCAGCGACGAUCAUUGUAUAAAUAUGCUUUAAGAUUUUUGUUCUUUCUUUUGCUUUGUUCCUGUGGAAUCAUGACCAAGUGAAAAGUGUUCAUAUCUUGAACUAACUCGUAAAGCGUUCAUUUUUGACAAUAGCAACUUUGAAAUAAAUGCCUAUCUUUCUUUUCAA